UCAACUCAAAAACCAAUACCCCAAACACACAAAACCCUAACCCUAAUCCUUGAAACCACACUAGCUAGUACUACUCCAAUGGCUUCCACACUAAAACAAACUAGUAUGAUCUUCACUGCUGCAGCACUUGUUAUGUUCUUCUUUAUUCACACGUCAUCAGCUCAAUCAACAUCAUGCACUACUGCUGUAAUUAGCUUAGCACCGUGUCUUAGCUACAUCACCGGAAACUUGACAACACCGUCAUCGUCGUGCUGCUCACAGCUGGCAAGCGUCGUCCAAUCUCAAGUCCAGUGCCUUUGCACUGUCCUCAACGGCGGUGCGUCGCAGUUUGGUAUUGCUAUUAACCAAACACAAGCUCUUACUCUUCCUAGUGCAUGCAAGGUUCAGACUCCUCCUAUCAGCAGAUGCAAUGGUGCGGCUGGUGGUACUCCGGUGGCUCCUCCGGCGGCAUCUCCGGCAGGAACUCCGACAGUUCCUAGCAAUGAUUCUCCGGCAACUGAUAACUCUCCGACCACCCCUUCUUCUACUCCUUCCGUCCCUGAUUCUCCUUCAUCAGGAAGUGGAUCAAAGACAACUCCAACUACAAAAGGGCAGUCAACUGAUGCAAGUUUUGCAAAAAUGAACCAACCUUUGAUUCUGGGUUUUAUGGUCCUUUCAGCAUUUGUGUCUCCCUUCUUCAUCACCUUCUGAUUUUCAUUUAUGCAUCAGAUCAGCGCAUAAUUAUUUAUGCUUAAUUUAUUUAUGAUCAUACAUAUUUUUAUGUAUUUGACUUUAUCCAUUAUUAAAUGUAUGCGUUUUUCAUGUGUGUCAGAGUUUAUGUUUUUUCUGUAUGUGAGGAGAGCUUGUUGUGACUUGUGAGAGUUAUGAGAGUUAUAUUGUACUUUUGAUUUAUUAGUCGGUUAUAUAUUAUUGCAUUUACAGCA